AUGAGGACUAAGAGGAGCAGGUCAAUAUCGUAUCAGUUGGUCACACCCGAAGAGCCAGUUCGUGACAAGACGCGGGGGAGCGAAGAUAAGAAUGAGGUAAACGGUGCGAAUAAUGAAGAACUGGAAAGUUCGAUGGUGUCCGAUGGUGAGAAUGGAUUUUUCAUGCCUUCAAUAAAGAAUACUAGGGAGCUGGAAACCGAGAUACUAGACAUGAUUCAUAUAUUGCAGAAACAAGAAACGCCUAGAGAUAGAAAGGAGAGUGAAACCAUAAUCAGUUUGCUGAACAGGUCGAUAACAGCGAUAUCGCAUUGGUCUCUACAGGCACAACUGGCACAGCUGCGAGCAAAUGUGGACGACAGACAGACUGUUGAGAAUAAUUUAUUGCGGAAAGAGAUGGAGCUUCUAAUCAGUAAACGGUCCGAUGGGGCGGGAAGGAAGAGAAGGAAGGCAAAGUUGCCGGCGAGCAUUAAUACCAAAGUUGGAUAUCUGAAAAGCCCGCCCUAUGUGACUGCAGCGGUGUCGGAAGCCAGUCCACCCCGGCGGUCGCUGAGAAAACAUGCGUCUCUGACAAGUCCAACAUCCACUGCGCUUGAUGAUCCAGUUUCGUUGAAAUUGGUAGAGAGUAAUAAACCUCAUCCACGGAUGAAAAGGAAUAGCGACAAUCCGUCAACGAACGAGUACGUUCGGGUCUUUCAUCUUCAAAGAGAAUGA